AUGCGGGGCGUCCGCGCAUCAGGGCGCGCCAUAUGCACGGCUCGUCUGCUCGCCGCUGCACUGUUCGCGUGCGCGCUGGGCCUCGCGUCCGACGCGCUUACCGCCGCCGUGCACCCACCGCUUCUCGCGGGGUCACCCUCGCGCCACCACGUGGAGGCGGCGCCGGUUCGCGUGCGAGCGGCUGCGAGUCUGAUCGCGGCGGCUGUGAGCGGGGGGACGGGAGAGCGGCAUGCCGCUGCGCUGGCAGGCGCGGCGUUGAGUGGCGCCCUCGCGCGCGUCUAUCGCCGCCGCCACGCCCCUUCUCUGAGCGCCGACCCCGCCUGCCCUCCCGACCCCUCCCACCGUUUCAUCACUCACACGCAUCCCUCCUUGCCCAUCCCCACCAGCGAUACCCCUCCGCUGCAGCCACAAUGCGCGGAAGAAGGGCCGAGAUGCGCGGAUACUAGGGCUCCGCUCUUCCCCAUACUCGAAGGUCUGCUGGACGCCGCCGUGCUGCACCUCAUCGUCGCUGCCGCCACUCCUCUCCUCCCCCGCCUCCCAUCGCCCGCCACCCUCACCAACCACCCUGCCGGCCGUUUGCCUUUCGUGGCUGCGGCGCUCGCUCCACGGGCCCUCGCGCUGGGCCGCCUGCUGCUGCUGCUCGCCGCCACAGCCGCCGCCACCUCCUCGUCCUCCUCGCUCCUCCCCCUCCUCCUCCUCGCGCGCCCUCCAGCGGACCCCCCCGCCUUCUGGGCGCGCGCCCUGCGCCUGCUGCUGGCGGACCUCGUGGCGCUGCUGCUCGGCGCGCUGCUGCUGCCCUUGGCUUUCGCGCCUGCUGCGCCACUCGCGCACAUGCAAGGGGCGGGGGAGGCGGGUCAGGCGAGGGGGGAGGAGGGCACACUGGGGGAGGAGGGCACACUGGGGCAGGCGCAGGCUGGAAGGGAGGGGGGACAGAAGGGGUGCGGGGAGGAGAGCGAGGGCAUGGCGCAGGGAGGUAGUGGGGAAGGCAGUGGGGAGAGCAUCGGGGAAAGGGGAUGGGCGGAGGGGCUGUACGAUAAAGGGGGGGCGGCGCAUGGCAGGUGUGGGGGAGGCAUGCAGGCGAGCAGUGGGGGCGGAGGGGCAUGGGGCGUGGCGGUGGUGUGCGGGGUGGUGGCGGGCAGCUGUGGCGCUCUCCUCUCAGGCGCUCUCUCCGCCUCCCAUGCCGCCCCGCUCACCGCCCUGCUCGCCCCCACUCUCCUGUGCUGCGCCGCCCACUCGCCACGGCCUUGGAACGCGUUUCACUGCUCACAUUGCGUCCUCCACUACCCUUCACAUGCACAUGCAUCAUCCCCACCCCAAUUCCCCCUCGCCCCUCGCAGCUGCAGCUCUUCCUGCUCGCCCUCCUGCUGCUGGCCCACCUACUCCUGCCGCUCUCAACCGCCCCCCGCCCGCCCUGCAUCACCUGCUGCCACACCAACGCGUGAGUUGUUGCCCCUGCCUGCACGGUACCGACCAAUCCAACCACACAUCACUCCGUGCGCGCACCAGUCGAUACCUCGCUACCAAUUCGCCUCGCUGAUCCCAAUUCCCCCAUCCCUGCGAUCUGUCGCAUCAUGCCUGUUGUGCCCGCUGCCAUCCCUUCUCCUCCCACACGCACUUGAUGCCCCUCGCCGGCCGGCCCUCAGAGCGGAGCGGGCAGAGCGGGCACGGCGCGUGGCAGCGCUGGAGAGCCACGUGGCAGCGCUGCAGGGCCAGGUGGCAGAGCUGGAGGGCGAGGUGCAGCAGGAGCGAGAGGUGGCGCGGGCGGCAGGGGAGGCGGUGCGUGCAGCGGUGGAGGCGAAGGUGCAGUUCAUGGCGAACAUGAGCCAUGAGAUCCGCACGCCCAUCCACGGCAUCCUCGGCAUGACCGACCUCGCCCUCGACAACCCCCUGCCCCCUGACGCCCGGGAACACCUUGAAACCGUGCUGCAGUCCGCCAACCACCUGCUGCUGGUGGUGAACGACAUUCUGGACAUCACCAAGCUCGAGGCGGGCCGCCUGCACCUCGACUGCGCCCUCUUUGACCUGCGCGCUCUCCUCAACGGCAUCAUGACAAUGCUUGCCGCCCGCGCCGCCCUCAAGGGCCUGGCCUUCCAGUGGGAGGUGGAUGCGGCUGUGCCGCCCGUGCUGCUGGGCGAUGCCGUGCGCCUCCGACAGUGCCUGGUAGGGUUUAGGCUGUGA